AUGGAGGGGCCUCCUGUGGGCAGCCUCGCCCUUAGCGGUGCUGGUUAUACUCUCGACAAGACAAGAUCCAAUCGUCCUGCCCGACCGGGGGGUAGAAUUCCUCGUCUCGUCCCGAAAAAUGACCCCGUUCCGCCGUCCAAGAUCACGACGGUCGACGCGCUGAUCAAGGAGUUGCGCAAAGUUAUCCACGCGAUGUUUUGCACAGUUGAUCCGAGCAUCCCAAGCUCCAGCGCGUACGAAAACUACUCGCGUCAGGCCUUCCGUUUCUUCACGACGACCAACACCAUCACGCAAGAAUGUUUCCACCACAAGGUCGUGCGACUCGGGCUGCACGCUACUCCACGGCUGUGCAAUGAACUGUUUAGACGCAUCGACCAGCUCGACCUGGGAGAGAUCGACUAUGCUACGUUCGCGCAGCGGGUAUUUCUACCAGAAACUUUCUUCUCGCCCGAUGAGCCUCCUCCAAUUGCAGCCACGAACUCUCCAACUGUUCGAGAUCGUACAAACCGACCGGGUAUAAAGUCACCUCGAGUGUCAGCGUCGAAGAGUAAUAACGCGUCGUCAAGCCCUCGAUCGUCGGCUUCUAAGUACGAAUACAUGGCGUUGGAUGAACUCGAGAAGUACGUCGCUCGCAAACUGGAAGAAAAAAUGCCUAGAGGAAGUACAGAUCCGGUUGCUCAAGCUUUCAAGUUCUUUACAAAUCUAGAAACAAUUACAUUUGCAGACUUCCAUCGUCAUCUAGGAAUGCUACAGAUUCAAUUAUCGCCGCCAAAAUGUCGUGAACUUUUCGUGCGAUUCGACAAGGACGGAGAUGGCGUGAUCGACACGAUUGAGUUUGUCACUACACUUUUUUCAAAGGAAAAUCGGUCGAGUCGUCCGAGUAGUGCGAGGUCUUCCAGAUCUGAGAGUGACCAGGAUCCUUCACUUUCAACCAAGCAGCUUGUGGCGACGAUAAGGGAAAAAAUGGACCAACUUUCGGAGGAAACAGACCGAUUCCAACAAGCCUUCAUGCUGUUCGGUAAGCCUACAGGAAUCUCACGCAGCGACCUGAAUACUGCCAUGAAAAAGCUCGGUUUGUCUGUGUCGAACAAGCAAUUACAAGAUCUGUUCGCUACAUUUGACUUUGACAAGACUGGAGAUCUGGACGUGAAUAAAUUCGUACAAGGAGUCAUGCUGGAUGACAAUUCCACGUCGUUCUGGUUGUCGGUUAAAGACAGACAGAAAGUCGAAGAUUCGCGUCGAAAACUCUACUCGAUGGCAGUAGCUUCCGUGCAAGAAUCGUGGACUAUUGCAGACAUUGAGCGGAUGUUACGCGAGAAGAUUGAGCAGCGUACUUCUCGUUCUUCGGAUUGCUUUCGACAGGCCUUUCGGAUCUUCAAGAAAGUCAACGGGAUUAAGCCACACGAGUUCCAUGCAGCUCUUGAGGCCAUUGGCUUAGCAUUGACACGAGUCCAGUCUGAUAUCCUCUUCCGUCGCUUUGACAAGGAUGGAAGUGGAGACAUUGAUCUGAAUGAGUUCAUCCAUGGCGUGCUACCUCCUGACUAUAUGGGGAUCUCCUGGGUGGCCGCUGCAGACGAGAUGCAUCGGAUUGAAGCCAAGAAAAAGAAAGAAGAAGCACUGGCGAACCCUGAUCAAUACAUGACCGAGAUUGAGAUGGAGAGCUGGAGUCUAGACGAGAUCGAGAUGCGCAUUCGAGACAAGAUCAUGCAGACCACGUCCCGUAGCUCAGACACGUUCCGUCAAGCGUACAAGAUCUUUAAGAAGGCGAGUCACGUUACCAUGGACGAGUUCCGAGAGCGUCUUCUAGCUCUUGGCUUUCGACUCACACCAGCUCAAUGUCUGGGACUUUUUAAACGAUAUGACACAGACAACAGCAAUGAUUUGGACUUGCAGGAGUUUUGUCUGAAGAUUUUACCGCCAGAUUACACGCACGACGGAGAUCACUGGUCUCACUCGGAGAAAUACAAGAAGGAGCGUCAUCGACAGAAACUCGAGUAUGUGAAGCGAUCGAAGAACGGAUUGAUCAUGUUGCCGAAGUUCAUCGAGUCUCACAGGUUUACACGAGGACAUCAUGUGUCUCAUUCGUUCCAGGAGAUGCAACAAGAGUCCACGCCGUCAUUUGACAGUCGUAUUGAAGGCAGCAGUACAUCUGGAGGUACCCGACCGUCUACCUGCUCUUCAGUUGAUGAGAAAUCUCCUCGCCCGACUACUCCUAAGCAUCCACGUACUGCUCGUCCUCCAGCAUCUUCUCCUGAGAGCAGCAUCAACUCUCGACACGUUCCAAGUCCUCGCCCUAGUGGCAAAAGUACGCCUCUGUCGCCUACAAGUCCAUUAGCCUCUGCCAGUCCUCGUAGACUCCGAGCGACAGAGCCACAAGCAGCUCAAGCAAAUCCAGUGACAUCGCCACGUAUUGUGUCUCCCACUCGUCCGAUGUCUCCGAGAGCUCCACCAUCUACUCGCCUGUCACCUCACAGCAUGAACCGUCCAUCGACUCCAAUGUCACCUCAUACGAGCCGACCACAGACGCCAUUGUCGCCCCAUACGAGCCGUCCAGCGACGCCGCGGAAAUCUGAGGACGCUGCGAUUGAGUAUGAAGACGAAGAGAUCAUCGAAGACGACGUGGCGUCACAGGAUCUAGCUCGAGCCAAACUCAUGUCGAGACACCGACGUAAAUAUGGCAAGUCCAGUCGUCACCGUAAUUCGUAUGACACGGCAAGCCAAAUAUCUGUGCGCCCUGCGGAGAGUGUGACUGGAAGCACGACCAGCUCAUCAAGUGUCGCUGUGGGGACAGCGAAGCACAUGCCUCAAAGAAACCACGUCUUGUUGAUUAAGCGAUUUAUGCAAGCAGCCGGGAAAGGACUGGAGCAUCAUUCGACUAGGAGCAUCAAACGAGUGAGUGUUGCGCGCCGGUAA